CUUCAACUCCGUCCGUUUUCCAUUGAAAAGUCGAUUCGUCGGUUCAAAAGACAAAAAAAUCAUCGAACAGGAGGCAGAAACCAGAAAAUUUCAGCGAUUUUGUGUUGAGAGCUCAAGAAUAGGCUUCCACUUCUUGAAAAGAAAAAAAAAAUGUGUAAGGGGGAAAAGGCAGAGGCGAAGAAGAGGCUGAGAAUCCUGUGCCUUCAUGGAUUUAGAACGAGUGCUCAGAUUCUUAGACAGCAGGUAGGAAAGUGGGGAGAUUCAGUGACUGAUAAACUGGAUUUGGUUUUCGUCGACGCCCCUUUUCCUGCAGAAGGGGCUUCUGAUGUGGAGGGCAUCUUCCCUCCUCCUUAUUACGAGUGGUUUCAAUUCGACAAGGAAUUUUUGGAAUACCGGAAUUUUGAGGAAUGUUUGGCUUGCAUCGAGGAUUCCAUGAUCAAGCUUGGUCCCUUUGAUGGGCUUUUAGGGUUUUCUCAGGGUGCUAUACUUUCCGCUGCAUUGCCAGGCCUGCAAGCAAAGGGUUUGGCCCUUACGGAAGUUCCAAAGAUCAAGUUUGUGAUCAUAAUUGGAGGUGCCAAAUUUAGAUGUCCAAAUGUGGCUGAGAAGGCCUACUCUUCCCCAAUUACGUGUCCAUCUCUUCACUUUUUAGGUGAGCAUGACUUUUUGCGGCCGCAUGGAGAGGUGCUUCUGAAGUCGUUUGUUGAUCCUGUGGUUAUCAAGCAUCCAAAGGGCCACACUGUGCCUAGGCUUGACGAAAAAGGUGCGGAGACCAUGUUUAGUUUUCUAACUAGAGUAGAGAACUUCAUUGCAUCAGAGGCUCCCACAGAAGAUAUUGCAGACUGAUUGCAGGAUUAAGGUGAAAUGGGAAAAUUAAGGCCCUAAAGAAUAUGUAUCUCCUGCUUUAUUCGAAUGGAACUUUCCUUUGGAUCAAAUGCCUAUUGAAAGAGGCUGGGAAGUCCUCAUGUUUCUAUAUGCGCUAAAUUAUUAUUGAUAAAAUCCCUCUUUUUUUUCUC